UAAACAAUUUGUGAAAUUGUUUAUAACAUCAUUAUGUUAUUAUUUUUGGAAGAAAAACAAAUUAAAACAAUUGAGGCCCACCUGCAGUACCUCCGCAUACCACAAGUUAAAAACCACUGCUGUAGAGUUGUGUUGUAGAGUUGUGUUGUAGAGUUGUGUGUGAGCUGCAGAGCUGUGUUUUCUAGAGUUUUGCUUUGCUGUAGAAUUGCAUGCUGAGUAGUUUGUUUUGUAGAUUUUCCUGAGACGUAAAUAGCGUGUAGUGAUCUGCUGUGGGGUAGUGCUGUGUUGGUAAACAAUCUGGGUUGGGUUUCCCAAAGCCUUCAUAGCUAAAGUUGUACUUUUCUCUCAAGGACUGAGACCCAAAUUACUCUGAAAGUCAGUUUAUGGUCAAUCCGAGAUCUGCAGUGGCCAUAUAGCAUUUACAGCAAUGCGGCCUCUGCAGAAGUCAGAACAUUCAUACUUCUUGCGCUUCGGGGAGCUGUCAUAUGCAUUCAAUAAAUUGGUCUGCACCACACCACUCGUAGUGAUUCAGAUAUAAUCUCUUUAGCCAUCCAGCUAAUUACGAGCAACUGCCUAAAUGAAAAGACAAAACAUGACCUCUUCUGAGAUGUUGGAGUCUGUUUCCCAGCACUUGACAUAGGAGCUCAGCCAAGAUAGCAUGAGGGUAAAAGGCUGCACAGUUUUCCCACCUGCAUCUCCAUCCCAAAUCUCACAAUUGCCCCCCAGCAAAAAAUAGCAUAGAUUUAGGCUAUUGUUUACAUGUGUAUUUCACACUAUGUUGAGGUAACAAUCAGAGUAUAAUGCUUGAGUGUAUGUCAACCCCAACACAUGUUCAUGUCAUCGUUAUCAAUCAACUGCAUUACUGUUAAAACCGACUUUGACUGCCACCACCACUUUUUACAAGCCUGAAAAGGGACAACUUCUAAAUGUUAUGCAGUGAAAACAGCCAGAUAUAUCCAAAUGGGAUUUUGGUAACCAUAUACUGGGCCUGUUACAAUAUAUCAAUCAUGACGGAUUUGACAAAUAUCCACUUUGUUAGAUCGGAUUUGUUGAAUGUGUGCCAAUCCAGCAUCCUUCUAUACCCACUAUCUGCUCUCCAUUGACCACUUUACCGCAUCUAUACCCAUUAUCUCCCCGAUCUCUUUCCAGGCGUUCAAACUCAUGUUUGUGUUUUUUAAAUCCCUACACGAGGUAUCAUAAAGAUGUAUUUUAUUUGUGAACUUGUUCUUAACAGUGGUGAGAGGAGGACGGCUCAUAAUAGUGUAUGGAACAGUGUGAAUGGAAUGGCAUUAAAGACAUGGAUACCAUGUGUUUGAUACAAUUCCACUGAUUCCACUCCAGCCAUUACCAGGGGCCUGUUCUCCCAAUUAAGGUGCCACUAACCUCUUGUGGUUCUGAUAGCCUUUCAUAAAAGUUCUCCAUGUUUGUUGUCAAGGAAGUUGUCAAGGAAGUGAGUUUGUGUUUAUACAGGAUGUACCACCCCCACCAACCAUCAACCGAUCAUUUCAAUGCGGCGCUACACGGAGCUAUGCAGGGCCCUCCGCAUUGUUGCUACAUUUGGGAGGUGCACGGUGUCACCGUAUGGAGCUCGAUUUGGCCUCUGUAAUCCUCUGGAAGCUAAGCAAUUGCAAUCACACCCGCCGUACGGAAACCUCCUGACUGCAUUGCUGGAUCAAGUACAAAUUGUCUUUUAAACAAAGUGCUUCAUUCGUUGUCAAAAAUACAUUUCUCAAUUGUUACUCUCUCAGGCCUGGUGCGGCUAGGUUGUUGAGAGAAAAACUCCACUUUAUCUAGGUUUUAUCGAGGUUUUCUGGAAACUUGCACUGCUUUGUAGUACUUAAUGCCUAACAUUAGACUAGCAUUGUCCUGAUGUUUGAUGUAGAAUGCUGCACUGAGUUAGGGAGGGUUAAAGGCCCUGUGUGUGUGUGUGUGUGUGUGUGUGUGUGUGUGUGUGUGUGUGUGUGUGUGUGUGUGUGUGUGUGUGUGUGUGUGUGUGUGUGUGUGUGUGUGUGUGUGUGUGUGUGUGUGUGUGUGUGUGUGUGUGUGUGUGUGUGUGUGUGUGUAGGCAUGCUGGCAGCCCCGUCCAGAGGGCAGCUGUAAAGGUCAGAGUUUGCCUCAGCGUCGCUGGUCCUUCAGCCCCGCCCAUGGCCGCUGUGACCACUUCCUGUUCUGCACAGGAAACAGCAACAACAACUUCCUCUCCCUCGAGGCCUGCCAGGAGCAGUGCAUGAUGGGAGCCUGCUGCUUCCGCCUGCCCAAAUGGAGCCCUCUCAUUGGCUACGACAGCCAGGGCAAUGGUCGCCAUGGAUACAACACAACCUCCAACCAGGAGCAGAGUGGAAGGGGCCAAAAGGAGGAAGAGGCAUGGUUUGGAGAAAUAACUGACAAGAGGACAUUGGAGGAGGACGGAUCUGAUCACUUUGGUUACCAGUGGUUCAACCUGACCAGGCCAGACCAGCAGAGAGAAAGAAAGGAGGAGAGAGGGAGAGAGAAAAAUGCUAGUGGGUUUGACGGGACAGAUGCUGAUUUCAUCUACAGCUGUGAGUACCUGUCUGUGUCAGCCUGUCAGGCCAGGGUCAGGGACCUGCAGGGAGAGGGAGAGGCUGUGAGUUUCUCCCCCGGCCAGCGCUGCUCUGAGGUGGGUUGCGUCCACGCCUGUGGCUGCCUCUACCAUAGCCUGCCACGGAGCUACGGGGAGAGGUUCAGGCAUGGCUGUGAAGAGUGUUUGUGUGAUCAAAGCGGAGCGGUGCAGUGUGGGUGUAGUCAACUGACACAGCGGAAGGAGAUACGAGACCUGACCCUGAAAGAGAGGCGCCAGUACCAACGAGCCAUCAGGAGGCUCUAUGCACAGCCAGGUGUAUGGGAUGGUUUCACCAAGCUGAGAGCUGAGUUCUCCCCUCAGGCUGGUGGCCACACCUACUUCCUGCCCUGGCAGCGCUACUUCCUGCGGGUGGUGGAGCAGGAGCUCCAGACUGUGUCAUCAUGCCAACUGGGUAUUCCGUACUUCGAGUGGACGGUCGACUCUGGUGAUCUUUUGACCUCAGCUGUCUGGCAGCCCGAGAUGUUUGGAGGGGACGGAGAGAGAGAGAGGAAUGGCGAGAGGAAAAGGGAUGAAGAGAGGGAUAGAGCGAGUGAGGGGGAUGGAGAGCAAGAGAGCAACUAUGUCUCAGGCUGUGUCCCCCACCACUCCUUCCAGGGCUUGUCUGCACGGUUCCACUGGUCCCCCUGUCUACGACGGAGCUUCAACACCUCGCAGGUGUCUGUGCCUGACGCGGUGAGCGUCCAGAAGCUACUGUCCCAGGGAAACUUCCUGUUGUUCUCCCAGGCUCUGCAGGGGCUGUCUGGGCUAUUUAGGCUCUGGGUGGGGGGCCACAUGGCUUCUCCUCUGGCCGCCUAUGACCCCCUCUACCUCUCACACGCCGCUUUCAUCGACAAGCUCUGGACACACUGGCAGGACAGGCACAGAGACGUGCACACUCAUGAAGAAGCGCAUGGGCACACUCACCUACACACCAAGUACCCUGUGAAGCAGCGUCUCGUCAAGAUGAAGCCGUUCGGCAUUGCUCCUGAUGAUGUGAUGUCUUCACGGGAACAGCUGUGUGUGGUGUAUGUACCCAUAACCCUCGGAGCUCCCUGCAAUGUGACAUCAUCACUCCUUGCCGAAAGAGGGAAGGGCCGCCACAGAGGAGCGAAAGACACUGCCAGCUAUCACAGAAGGAGACAAGAUGCACAAAACAACCAUAAACACAGCACCUAUGAUUACAAUGCACAAGGCUAUGAUGGCUUUGACCACAGUGGUUACAAUCGCAAUGGAUAUGACAGACAAGGUUUCAACCGCAUGGGCUGGGACCUGCUUGGUUACAGUAAGGAUGGUUUGGACCGUGACCACAUCGACAGAGAGGGCUAUGACAUUUCUGGAUACAACCGCUAUGGGUUUAACCGCCACAAUGUUACAUGGUUCGGGAUGCGCUGGGAUGGAUUGUUUAUGAGGGAGGAGGAGAGAGAAGAGGAGACUCAGGGGGAGAAAGAGAAGGAGAGUGAGGUGAGAGAGGAGAGUAGAGAGGAGGAGGAGAGAGAAAGAAAGAAGGUUAUGUCAGAGCUCUUUAGCGACAGUGGCUACAGUGUUUAUGGUUUCGACCCCUUUGGUUUGGACCGGGGUGGUUUUGAUGCAUUUGGAUUUCGACCAGACGGAUACGAUAAGGACAGCUGUAACUGGUUCUACAACGGACCGCACUACCUACGGUUCUACUACCACACCCAACAGCAGCUAAUUUCAACCAAUCAACACACUCUGAACCACAUUACAAGAACCUGCUCUCCAAUCACAGCCCUGCCUCAGCACUGGCCUUUGCAGGAUUGGAUGGCUCUGGAUCAAGAGGAGAGCCAAGCCCUGAUUGCUCAGCUGGAGCGGGAGUGGGCGGGACAGAAGCAUUCUGAUGACUACUACACCCACAAGGUGAUGUCACAGAGGGGACGGGGCAUUUGGCUGCCAAUCACCCCAGACAGCAGGUUUUGUUUUGAACUACACUGGUUUUCCGGUUGUCCUCUUGGCUCUGCCCCCAUGACAUGCCCUGACCUCUGCCGUGAAGCACGUUGUCUUGGUAACCCGAUGGCUGAGUGUCGUUUGCGGAACUGUGGCUCCUGCUUUACUGAGUGGCUUGACGCAACCACCGGAGCGUACGUCAUCUGCCAGGGCUGGUAACCAGUGCUGACCGGCGCCCAUGUCAUUCAGCGUAGUGGAAGAUGACUAGAAAAUGCUUUUUUAUCAUGAAAAACGAAUGCAUUUCGACUUCAGAGCUUUCAUUACCAACGCUGGUUACCAAGUCUGGAGAUAGGACACUUUUCUCUUUCUGGAAUACACUUUGAUGAUGGGUUGGAAUGAAAGUCUGCACACCCUGUAGCACUUCCUUUGAAUAUUUAACUGAAGUAGGAGAUAUUUAGACAUUAUGAGGUGUAAUCAAUGUACCACACUGUAUUAGAUAAAGGGAGUGAAUGUUUCUAGUGUUCUUUGUUGCUGCUUUUACUCUUCACAUGAUAUUCACCACACACACACACACACACACACCCUGGCAUUUGUAAAAUGUGUCUUUGUUCUGUCAUGUUCCCUAUAGAAAUGAAAAGGUUACUUACUUUUAAAGCAAGUUCCAUCUCCACACACACAUAUACACACAGUAGGCCGGUAUAUGUCGAAUGGGUCUCUGUUCUGUCAUGUUCCCUAUAGAAACGACCCUGUUGGAAUGUACUGUAAACAUGAUAUUAAGCAUUCAAUCUCUCUCUCUCUUUCUCUCUCUCUCUCUCUCUCUCUCUCUCUCUCUCUCUCUCUCUCUCUCUCUCUCUCUCUCU